AUGAAGUUGGCCACCUUUUACGAUUACAUUAAGGGGAAUCUGAAGUUCGGGAGGCCCCUGAAGGCGAUUAGCCCUUUCAGCAGGGUUAUCUCGUCCUCGUCGCUCCAGAGUCUGGUAAUGCAUCCGCCGGGGGAUUUUGCCGCCUCAACAGUCUUCUUCGAGUCCUCGAAGGAGCAGCUGAGGAGAAAGGUCAAUAGGUUGAAGCAGAGGCUGUUUGAACUUUCGAAGAUAAUAUGGGGGGACUCUGGAAGGAACACCGUUGUAAAGGGCCAAAAUUCGAAAAGCGUUGUCCUCAAAGAGAAGGAGGCUACGGGCUCCAAAAAGUUGAAGAAAGAGAAGAACAAGAGCAAGGAUAAUGGAGGAAGAACCUUUACGAACCCGCACGAACAGGAAGUUUAUGAGGGUUCAACAAAGCCAGUGCCAAUGGGGACCAUAGAAAUAGGAUUUUUGGCUUACUCUGUGAUGGCUCCAUUGGAUAGUUUGGCUAUUUGCGCUUUACUCUAUUUUGAUAUCGAGGCUCCUUGGGCCUGUUUGGCCUUCGCGGCUCGGCCAACUGAAUGCAAAGUUCUAAUAAAUUUUAUGAUAAGAGUAAACCUUGGGAAUUUUGGCUCAAAAGGUGUGAUUGAGGGUAGCAUUACUGGAAUAUCAGCAUCCACUAAGACGCAAAAGGCGUUAAUGCUAGUUGCUCAAGCACUUGGAGAUGUGUUAUUUGCCUAUCCUUACUCCAUGAUUGUUCUUCAUAUACAGUGGCUUACAGCUGAUAAGGAAGGACACGCAUUCGUUGGGCAGCCAUUGAAAUUUUCCGAGGGCCCCACAAUUAGUUUCGCCGCGAAGGAUCUAAUUCGAGGCCUUCUUGCAAAAGAUCCUCAGAAGAGGUUAGGAUUUAAGAGUGGGGCUACUGAGAUAAAGAAGCACCCGUUUUUCGAGAGCGUGAAUUGGGCGCUCAUUCGAAGCACGGUUCCACCUCAGAUUCCCAAGCCGGUGGAUCUCGAGUCUUUCCCGUCUAACCAUAAGACGGCCAAUGGCUCGUCUGGCCCGUACUUGGAUUUCGAGUUUUUCUGA